ACAUCUGACUGGGAAAAGCUCUUUGAAAAGGGCUCCAUUGUGAUCGUCCUGCACAGAAAGAAUAUUUAAAUAACGGAGCUGAGAAAUACGAAUCAAAACACAUAUGCUCUGAAUAAGAAUGAUAUCUGCUUGACGUAAGUUGUGGGUAUAAAAACCCCGUCGAAGCUCUGAGGAUCCAGUUCGUGUGCAGGAACCGAAGAAAGAAGACCAGCGCCCAACAACAUGGCACAGUUCAAGCUCCACAGCAACAUUAUCGUUUUGAUGAUGAUUCUCACUUUCAGCUGCGCUUGCAUGAUCAUCAACUGUCCCAGAGGAGGGAAACGCUCAGCGAUGGAAAACAACGAAAUACUUCCAAUGAGGAAUUGCGCGCGCUGCGGACCGAACAACACGGGCCACUGCUACGGCCCGUCCAUCUGCUGCGCCGAGGAGCUGGGCUGCCUGCUGGGCGGCCCCGAGGCGCAGCCGUGCGCGGCAGAGGCGCUGUCGCCAGACCCCUGCGUGGAGCCCGCGCUCGGCCCGCGCUGCUUCGGCGGGCGGGGCUUCUGCGCCACCAGCGCCCUCUGCUGCACCCAAGGUCUGCGUGAAUCGAAU